UCGUGUGCUUAUAGACCCAAAAUAAAAUGAUUGUACUUUUCCAUUUCCUAGUUGACUUCAUUUACUGUUGCUCACUGGCCAGUCUGCAUCUCUCACGCUUGGCUGAAGAUUUAAUAAUCUAUGCUACCAAGGAAUUCGAUUUCAUAAAAAUUGCCGAUGCAUUCUCAACAGGCAGCAGUUUGAUGCCACAGAAGCGUAAUCCUGAUAGCUUGGAGUUGGUGCGUGGAAUUUCGGGCAGCAUAUGCUCCUCAUUGAGUGGCAUCAUGAUGACCAUUAAGGGCACACCAACCACUUACAAUAAGGACUUGCAAUUUGAUAAACAAUAUGCGUUCGAUGCUUUCGAUCGUCUACAGGACGCUCUAACCGUAGUUGAAGGUGUCAUAAGAACCAUGCAGCUGAAUCGUGAACGCAUGGAAUCGGCGCUGAGUCCAGAUAUGUUGGCCACGGAUUGGGCCUACUAUCUGGUACGUAAAGGCGUGCCAUUCCGUCAAGCGCAUCACUAUAUCGGCGAAGUGGUCGCCUAUGCCGAGAAGGUGGGGCGGGAACUCACCGAAAUUCCGCUGGGCGAAUUGCAGAAAAUUUGCAAGCAUUUCGAUGUGGAUAUAGUGCAGGUGGCCGAUUAUGCUGUAAAUGUGGAGAAAUAUGAUGUGCCCGGUGGCACGGCAACCACUUCAGUGCAGCAGCAAUUGAAGACAUUGCAAGCAUUUGUGGAGGGCCUAAAAAAAUUACAAUGAAUCUAAGGAAAGAUGUGCGUAAAUAAAAUUGUAAGCAUUUAUUUUUUUUUUUGGUACCAAUAUUUAAAUACAAAUAAU